UAAAGAGUGACGCGUAAUUGUGUGUCAGAGAGCUGCUGCCUUGUGUGCAGGGGUAGCGUCUGUUAAAAUGUCAUUCAGAAGUGGUGGGGGGGACCAGCCCCCUUCACUAGACACUUGUAAGUGAUCUGGGAGACACAGCAAUGAAACGCUAGUCCAAAAAUUACAGAAGAAGCCACACUCUUGAUUUCCCAAAACUUUGCAUGGAAACCACUUCUGCAAACCAGGGAGCGGUGUGAAAUGGGUCACACAUGGCAGCUCUGAAUCAGAAGACCAAUGAGGGGCCAUUCUUAGCAUGGAGAGUUGGAGAAAAUAGGGAAGAUUCCAAAGAAAGCUUCGAGGGGGAUUAUUAAAAAAAAAAAAAAAACUGGGGAGAAGAGGGACUUGAGAGAGUCUUGAAUUUUUUAAUAUGCCUGCAGCCAGGAUGAUGGUGAUCCCAGAGUGAAAUUCAACCCUUGUGCAAAGUGCCUAAAUGAGCUAGAUGCUUGGCUCCCCUUGGCUUUCAAUGGGAUUUAGGUCCCUAACUCACUUAGGCCUUAGUGAAAAUCUUCCCCCAUGCCUUGAGAGCUGGCGCUGUGCUUAGCAGUCAGGGUGAAUUCCAACACUGCCGCUGCUUUGCAUUGUAGUUUUGUCUGCUGAAGCAAAAACGGGAACAAAAUCUGUAACGAUAAACCAGUUCGUAGACAUUGGCCUGGCUUAAGUCAUUUAUGUCAUCUGCUGACCUGGCACCAUACUGCCCUUUGACAUGAUCCAGCUGACUGGGACAUUCUUCUCUCCCCUGCCCUGAGAUCUAAGGUGGUUUAGUCAAUGAGGGUUUAUUUAACACCACAGCAGCUGCAGUGUAUAAAUAAUUUAAAUAUUAAAAGAACGGUACUGGUCCUCAAAGAGGGGGCAAUAGCUGGGUCGCUGUUGGUGGUAGCACAACCAAAAUCUCAUCAUGCAUAUUGUGAUUUUCUUUUUUUAAACAGUGAGAGACAAUGCUUUGAUUUCCCAUCGUGCAUACAAUAGGUACCUAUUUUUAAGUGUGCGUGCGCAUAAUUCACACUUUGGGUCAAUUUCAGUGAGCAAAAUCAGUUCUGUAUAGAACGUUCUUGCAUUGUACAUAGAAUUUUAGUUGUGUUUUUUUCCAAUUCCCUCUUGGUGGGCGGGGGGGGGAAUAAUGCAAAAAAGUUUCAUCUAGAGGAACUUUCUAAGACAAAGUGUGAAUAUUAUUUUUAUUACUCCUUUGUACAGUAUUCUAAGAGAAACUAAUAAAGGUCAGUAUUCAUGUAACAACCUGUCUGGGCUCUUUACAUUUCCUGGGUAUGUGAAGCAAUUCUAUUUUGGUCACACACUGCACUGCCAAGAGUGGAGAAAAAAACAGAGUAAAUGGCAAAUGAGUAUCAUAUAGCAAACCCAUGCUGGGAGCUUAAUUGGCUCUUCCUAUACUGUAGCACAUAAAGGCAUAACAAGAUCCAAGAGCCAGAGGGUGACGUAAGCAAACUGCACAUUGGAAACAUGAUGCAUAUUUUUAACUGUGAGGAUUAUCUGUCCUUGGAACAGAUCCACGAGGGAUCAGAUGGAUUCUCCAGCACUUGAAGUUUUCCUGUGGAGAGUGGUUGUCUUUAAAAGAUAUGUCCCUGUUCAAUCACAACUUGUUGGCCUGGAGCUCAAGGUCCAUCAGGCUGCAGCCAGGAUGUUCUACAAGGUAACCAAACAGCUGGUAAAGCAGCUGGUUCCAGAUGGAGAUCUGCUCCCGGUUUGCAAUCUUAUUGAUCAAGAUCACUUCCGACCCCUAUGCCUAGUUCGAAGGAAACCAAAAAAAGCAUUCUGCAGGACUCUCCACUACGCCAAAACAGGAUUUAGGCUCUGGGACAUUCUGGUACCUGGAGAGGACAGCACACAUCUAGAUGUUCAGGAUUCAGGCCCAAUCACUGUUGUGGACUGUGUGGACGGUACAUUAAAGGGCAGUGUUAAGGUGCCUGUUGACUUUGGGAGAAUGGAAGCGAUGGGAGCGGCCAGCACCUAUCAAGUGAAGUCCAUCAAGAUGAAAAAAGUUCAUGUCAGCCCAGCAAACCUUGAGUUACUAAAGAAAGAAAGGAAAAUCAACAUGAACUCUUCCUUCAUUAAACAGCUAAGGGAGAGCAGAGAGAACUUGUACGUGAUCUACGAGGCUGUACAGGCUUUAGAGGAGACCACAUUUUUCAAGUCCAAUACCACGGAAGGCAGCAUUCUGAAUGAGAUCUAUGUCCAUUUUUCAUUAAAGGGCACUAGAGGCAGCAAAAGAGCCAUAAUUAUCCCUAAGGACUGUGUCCUGGCCUACAGAAUCUUGCCGCUUAUUAUUGCAGAUGAAUCAUGGGACCUGUCCUAUCAUCCAGGUGGUAAAACAUUUGUUGCAGACGGUGCAACAGAGGAAUAUGAUUAUUCCUAUGAUGGAGGAAUAGAUGACCUGAAGACAGAAGUUGAAAAUAAAUGUGCAGAGCUCUCGCAGUUGUCCACAGAUCUGCGUGCCAAAUUCUUAAAAUCAAUCAUAGCUGUGAUAAUAGAUAGCGACCUCUUGCAAGAACUCAAAUUCAAGCUAGAAGAGGCUUUUGAAGAUGCUGACAAAUGUGAGCUGAAGAGUGACAAUCCAGACUUGGAAGAUUUGCUAAACAACUUACAGGAUUCUGCAGGAAGCAUAAACCUUUUCCUUGUUGAUCCAGUUCUCUACACUCUUCACGCACUUGAAGAGUUAACUGAGGAUCAGUUACUGCGGCUGGCACAGUCUGUGGAGAAGAAGAUUGUACCCAAACAGCUUGAGCUGGUCAAGAGCAUCUUGAAGCAAGAAGCUUCCAGUUUGGAUGCCAACAUAAUCUCCUCCCUGCAAGAGGAGGAACUGAACAUAACCAAGGCAAUGAUAGAGAUGGAUGGAGUGAAGCUGCAGAGAAAUGGACUUUAUCCCAUUAAGACUGGGGACAUGGCUGCUUUUGCAGCCUUCAGUGCAUUGUAUGUAGCCUUGUAUGCUUUACAUCUUCUGUCUAGGUCAGAGUAGACAUACCGCCUUUCCUCACAUUAGAAGGGAAGUCAAGAAACACAAUCAACCUCAGAAAAUGUUUUUAAGUGAGAUUUUCCUCUACAAAAAGAAUCUCAAUUUUUAUACACACCCAUCUACUGUAGCAAGCUUAUUUUGAUUUAGAUUAGACUCUCUUCGUAUGUCCUCAAUGCUGCUUCUUGAUCAGAGAAAGGGAUUGUUACAAGUUGCCUGGCAGCCAAAGAAAGUGAGAAACCAGAACCAAGAAUUAAAACACUGGAUGCCAUGAACUUGUCUGCAGUAUUUUGUAUGAGCCAAAUUUUGCCCUAGAAUAUAAAGCUUAGUUUGCGUGUUUUGUUUUGUAACCUACAUUGUUCUUUCUGCUACCUCUCAUGACCACUUAAACCCCUUCCUUUUAUACUCAAUAAAAUCACUUUUAUCAAUAAA